CUAAAUUACUGCAAAGGAGACAUUGCCACGAUCCUUCUAUAAUGGUAAAUCGUAAUUUUCCUGGUUCUGCCACACCAUCUUCGUCAGACGUAUCACCUGCCAAACCUUAUAAUCAUAUAGAGCCCCCUUCAAACCAAAGAUCUAGUUACAACUACACGUCUCUUUCGCCGCAGGAAGUGAAGGCGAGUCCGAUUUCCUGAUCAUUUAUAUUGUUCUGCUAAUUUAUGUUGUAGGAUUAAUUGUUCCGGCAUAGACAUACUUUCCUCCUUUGAUUUCAUUGAUUUUUCUGUUGUUAUGGAUUUUUCCGCUUGAGUUUUUCCCCCCAUUUUAUAUAAUUGAGAAAGAAGAGGAAACGUGCAUAAAAAUGGAGUAAUCUUUCAUGGCGAGCACAUAUAUUUGGUUACUGCGUUGUACAGGUGCAUGGCAUGACGAGGCCAAAGCCCUUCUCAGAAGACAAUGCAGCUGGUCCUCAAUUUCAUUUCCAAGUUCCUCAAUUGACUGAUCCUCGCGUCCCCACACCAGAUCAAUCAUCUUCGUGGUAUAGUUGCAGUAGUGCAUUUAAUGUUGGCCCCAGUAACAAAUUAGUCUUCAGAGGUACAAGAGGGGAUGGCCCAUCGGAUAUCAACUCGAAGAAGUUUAGUACUACAUACAUGAAUAAUUUACCCGAAAACAAUUUGUACAGAUUUGGCUGCCUUGCUAAUAAUCCUCCGGCGCCCAUGGCACACAGUCUUCAUGAAAGGGAGUUCUCCAAACUUGACAAGCUUGCUAUCCGAGAAAGCAUGGAGGACUCAGAUCAAAGGUCAGGAAUGGGUGGAUUAGAUAGUGAAAAAUCCUUUCAUGGCUUUUUCCAACCAAAGGAGCAGAUGGGCUGGAAAGAAUUUACCCUUAGCUCAAACGAUGAGAAGGGUAAUGAGGCAGGAGAGGAUGGCAUUGAUCUCAACCUCAAACUCUAGGAGGGUAGCUUAUCGUGGUAUAUGAUCAAGCGUUUGAGAAAACAUUUGGAAUGUUGUAGGGUGUGUCUGUCUGUGUGUGCGUGAGAGAGAGAGAUCAUGUGGACGACUUUGUUUCUUGUAAUUAAGUGAAAUUUAGUUUUUUUUCUUUACUUGCUUCCACGAA